CAAUGGAGGAAGACAAGUAGGACCAAGAAGAAGAAGCCUUAGAACUAAUAGCAGCAUCAUCUGUGGUAUAGCACAUAGACAUUUAAAGAAUAGCAUGACUUUCCAGUGAGCUGCCGUCUCUUCUACUGCCCCGAGGAUGGACCUGUCCCAGCGGCUGCAGGUCUGGCAGCAGCUGGCGGCCAGCUGUGGGCUGAGUACAGUGCAGCAGGGCAUCCAGCAGCUGUGGAGGCUGCUGCUGCUCUGCCUCGUCUGCAGACUCUGCUUCAGACUGGGAGGAGUGUCCACUGUGAAGCAUGUGGUGUCCAUGCUGGCGGGGAUGUGCGGCCUCUUCCUGUUCUUUGAGCAGCACAUGCUGUGGGUGCUGCUGCUCAGCGCGCUGUGUUACCUGGCUCUGGUCCUCAGCCCCCACUCCGGCAGCAGGGGCCUCUUCCUCUCAGCUCUCAUCCUCAUCUACCUGCUCGUUGGAGAGUUGCAUUUAAUUGACAUGGUGACCUGGCAUAAAAUAAGAGGCUCUCAGAUGGUGGUGGCCAUGAAGGCCAUCUCUCUAGCCUUUGACCUGGACAGAGGCGCAGUGGGCAGCCUGCCCUCCCCAGCUGAGUUCCUGGGCUACGUUCUCUUUGUGGGUACAGUUGUCUUCGGCCCUUGGAUCAGCUUCUCGAGUUAUAAGGCCGCCGUUGAGGGCAAGAAACUGAGCUGGUUGUGGCUGCGUGGUUCCUCCCUCAGUCUCCUGAAGAGUCAGAUCUGUCUGCUGGUAUCCACCUGCGUGGCCCCGUACCUCUUCCCUUUGGUAAUCCCCAUCCACGGAAACGCAGUCACACAGAAGUGGCUGCAUGCUUAUGAGAACGCAGUGUCCUUCCACUUCAGUAACUACUUUGUGGGUCACCUGAGUGAAGGCACAAGCAUGCUGGCUGGAGCCGGCUUCACGGAGGAAAAAGACAACAUCAGAUGGGAUAUGAGUGUGGUGAAGCCUCUCAGUGUGGAAAUGCCUCGCUCCAUGGUGCUGGUGGUGACGUCCUGGAACAUCCCCAUGUCCCGAUGGCUGAAAACCUAUGCCUUUAAAAACGCCAUGAAACUGGGGACUUUUCCAGCCAUCCUGGUGACAUACACAGCCAGCGCCCUACUGCAUGGUCUGAGCUUUCACCUGGGAGCUGUUCUGCUGUCUUUGGGCUUCAUCACAUAUGUUGAACAUGUUCUGAGAAAGAAGCUUGGCUGUGUGUUCAGUGCAUGUGUCCUGUCCAGGCCCUGCACCUCUGACUGCAGCCACCAGCACAAGAAGGAGUAUUGGGUGAUGUUGCUGAACCUGGUUUUCAGCCUCCUGGCCAUCUUCCACCUCACCUACCUGGGCUCCAUGUUUGAUCCUGGACUGGAUGAACAGGAAGUAGAAGAGGGUUACGCAGCCAUCCACACCAUCCAGAGGUGGUCGGAGCUGAACUGGGCCAGCCACUGGGUGGUGUUGGCCUGCUGGCUCUUCUACCGCUUGAUUCAGUGACGUCACGGGGGGCCGCUGGACAAGCUGGCAGACGCCACGGACUUCCUAACACCAUGUCAGGAUGUAAUCGGAUGGGCCCGAGGACCAGGAUGUGCCCCAGUUUCUCUCACUAUGACUCUAGAGUCACUACUUACUCUGAAGAUUCACUCUCUCUCUUUCUCCCUCGCUCUACCACACACUCCCCCCACACACACAGGCCGGCUCGACCCACAUUAAAAGCUCUGCUUGGAUCCUCCGCAGAAGCAUGAUUCACGCUUAACUGCCUAGGGUCAGAAUGUCCCUGUAGGAUUGGUUUCGUUGUAAUGUUGGUGUUGGACAAUGUCUAAAAACAUUUCAGCAGUUUAGCAUGCCUCAACACAUUUUUAAGGGGUGCAUAACUGUAAUUGUUCAUAUGUUCUUCCCUUUAAAAGUCUCCUUUUUUUACUGCUACUGUUUUGUUCCUUGGAUUUUUUUUGUCUUAAUUUUUCUGUAAAUGUUAACAUGCUGCUAGCAUGCUGCUAGUUUGUGAAUAUCUGCAAACAGCAUAGUAACAGACUUACACAGCCAGGAUGGGACGCUCAACUCCCUUUGUUCUAUCUCUUUCUGUUUUUUUAUUAUAAUCACCUACCUCAAUUUAAAAAAAAAAAAAAACUUAAUAAAGUGAAUAAUCAUUAGAUCUAUAUAAUAUAUUUUCAUAGGGUCAAGUACAUAGCAUUGACCAGUGCUACAUGCCACUACAUUUAUUUACAGCAACUUUACUCUCACUCCACGAUGUGAGUCGAGUGCAGCUUUGAGUUGUGCAUGCGUAACUUUGCAACAAGUAGCCUACAAGAUGCUAACGAGAGACUUCUGUAAUGUUACUACAGUACAAAUGGACCUACUUAACCAAGUUGGUU